AUGGAGAACCACGAAGUACCUGGCGAACAACCACUACCACCCCCGGUAGUGGAUGGAGCUGAGCUGAUUGGAAACUCGGGUGCUGAUUUCCCAGUCAUCGAAGCUGAGCCCGAAGAAGAGCUUGGCCUGCCCCUCGAUACUGCUGAACAGCAACGACUACUGCUCGACCAAGAUGACAACCAACCACAGGCUGGUCCUCCUCUAACGUUACCAACACGUCCGGGCCUACAACGAGGCAAUUCGGUCCCUACACCUGCACCACACCUCCCCCCUCCCGCGCCGCCUGGGCCGCCUCCAGAUACCCCGCAAAACGACUCGCUUUCGCUGGCGCAGUUGCAGCAUCUUGUCCGGGGCAUACCCAAGGUCGAGCCUGCUCCAUACGCCUUCAGUUAUGAUGAUGCUUCGUCUUUUGAAGAGGAGCUCGAGGAGUGGUUCUCAUAUGCAGUGGAAGAGCAGGCUAUGCUUCUCAAGACACAGGCGUCAUACGCAUUGGAGUGGAGCGCAUUCCACGGACUAAGCGACGCGACCGACAGUGAGAACGGCUUGGACUGGGCUUCUGCGGCACCAUCGCAACGCAAAGAGUUUGUUGAGAAAUUGCUGGCAGGACUGAGAGAGCUCGACCCUGUCUCGAGGUUGAAGAAGCUCGAGGCUUUACUCUACCUUCUUCUCGGGUGCUGGUAUGAGAAUGCUGGUCUACCGGAACCGGCAGAGGAUAAUGAGACGCUGUCGGACCAUGCGCGCAACAAUGCACACCGAAAGUCGGGAAGGCAAGUUGCGCUCAUCAAGCGCAAUGUGCACUUGUUGGCUGAAUGCGACGGAGUGCAGAGCUUGGUGGACACGCUCGACGCUUCCUUUCAGAGAGCAUGUGGGAUCGACGUGGUACCCGACGUACAGCGCGACUCGAAAGAAGCAGAGCGACGUGAGAUUUGGUGUGCCAUGACGGCCGUCUACGUUGUAUUGGAAGUCGCACGUGAUGCUGAAAAGACAGGGAAUAGCACUGGACUUCGAAGUGCUAUUCUUGGUCUGAAGAAGCCAGGUCUGCUUGUCCUGUUCGUCGAUCUCAUCGCAAAGCUAAGGUGGGAUGAAUCGAUCAAUCUGCCGUUGUGCAAAAUCUCUUUGCUGCUAUGGAAAACAAUGCUUGUGACGUUUGGUGGUCUCAGGGAAGUCGACAAGGUCAAGGAACAAUUUCGAGAUAGCAAUCUCGACUCGGAAGAUUCCAAAGGGCAUCCGCUCAUCACCGCUUCACCUCUCGACUAUCAUCUUUUUCGCCAAGAAAUAAGCUCAAAGUAUCCAGCAUAUAAUCCUCCGCCUCCGCUCUUCCCCUUGGAACCUGAAAACAACUCCAUCCUACCACCGCUCAAGAACCAUCCUAACAAAGUCGCCGGCAAUCAUGUCUUUGGGUCUGGGCUCGGAGACACGAAUGGAAACACUACUUCUAUCCUACAUCAACCCAUUCAUAUCGCAACUCCCGCACCAUCACCCCCUCCUUCUCCGGCGGGCCCGGGCGGCAAAGGUGGGAAGAAACAGAAUUACCAGACAAAUCAGAUGUUUCCUUUCCUGUACCCACCACUUGACGAGUCUAGUAACAAGUUGGGUGGUAAAGGUUCGACUGACCUCCAAGACCUUCUCUGUGGCCGGAAAUGGGAGGGCUCAGAUAUCCCGACGUCAAUCAUGGAGGCUGCGGAACUUUUUUCGAAGCGUAUGAAGGCUACUCGCGCCAUGAAGCAGUUGUGGGAGGAACGUGUUGCCUUUAUGAAGUAUGAGCGGGGUUGGACAGGCCCUGACGAUCAUCCUGACGUUGAAGAAUUAUCUCUUGAACCAAAGGAAAACGAGCCAAAGAAGCAACCCCCUGCUCCUGGGAGCGUUGAGGAGAGACUGCAACUUGUGGAAGAAUUCUACCGCGUUGCAUUACCAAAUUUACAGUCAUUGAUCAUUGUCUUGAUCAAAGCAAUCCUGGCACAUGUAACAGCCCUAGUCACACAGUCAAGCGGAGCCAACGGCCUCCAAAGCGGAUUUCAGUUCCAGGAUAACCAAAACGGAACGACGGCCGGGCGACCUGACAUGAAUGGCAUGAACGGCCACAACGGCACCUUGGCUACAAACGAGGAGCUGGACGCGAUGCGAACUCAGGAAGUGCUGGACAAGGCAGUGACCGGUACCCUCAUUCUCAUCUUGAAAUGGUUCAAGGUCUCUCAUAUCUUGAAGUUCGAGUACAUCACUCAACUACUCGUUGAUUCAAGCUAUGUUCCUCUGAUCCUGAAGCUAUUGCAGCUACAAGAGGUUGAGAAGAUUGUCAACUUCAAGAGUGAGCAAGAAGAACUUAACUUUUUCAACUAUUGUCGGUCACACUCGAGAAACGCGUCCGAGGAGGAAGUCAACGUACAUCAUGAAGGAGAUUUGCAAGAAAGAGAUUCUGAUGAAGACGAUGCAGCUCCGCCUCCGAUUCGCCGUUCGAGACUAGAUUCCAACGAAUCGGGUAUCGAGCCAGCAAUGCAACCUACACAACUGCAGCCCCCGGAGGUGGACGAGCUCGGCUUCCCGACCAAUGAAUUGCCGAAAGAGCCAAUCACCAACUUCUCCUGGCGCGCAUUCUUCACCUCAAUCAACUACCUGCGCAUCAUGCAGAAGAUAUGCAAGAACAAAGCGCAUCGCAACCUUAUGCUGGUAUCAUACAAGUCAUCUCAGUUCCUCCGCAAGAGCCUUAAAGUACCGCAGCCAGAGUUGCGCCUUUAUACUCUCAAACUCUUCAAAAACCAAGUCCCGUACUGUGGCCGCAAGUGGCGGCAAUCCAACAUGCGCGUCAUAACAGCCGUGUAUCUGCACUGUAGACCAGAGCUUCGAGAUGACUGGUUAGCGGGAAGCGACGUGGAUGCAGAAGUCGAUGAGAGUGUCCCUCUCGAGCAAGCCUUACGAUCACUGACGCAUUGGCACAAUCUGAAGCGGUACCCAGAGAGUUUGGGCGCCAAGCCUGGCGUCCUUGAAGAAGAGCAAGACUUCUUCCGCAACGAGCUCGAGAAGAUGGAUUGGGGCGAUGAGGGCGUCAAUGAAGGCGAGAUGGAGCAAGGCUGGCAGGAUCUUCAAGUUGAGGGUUGGUGA